AUGAAUACCUUUGGCCUACAUCAAGAUGGACCCUUUGGUGGGUUCGGCGGCAGUGCCUACGACGCAAGGAACAAUGAACAGAAGGUCAAGCAUAUUAACGCCUGGGAAGCUCGCUACAAUGACUACGAUGUCCUUGGUGCAAUCGAGUUUCAAUUCCAGAACGGCGAUUGGAGUGGUCGAAUUGGCGGCAAAGAUCCUAAUCUCAACUACUACCAAAAGUCAUAUGAUUUUGAUGAUGAUGAAACAAUAAAUCACAUGUGGGUCUAUGCUGGGAAGGACGACGGCUUCGUCAACGGGUUUCAAUUCACAACAAACCAUAAUCCCGAUGGUUUCGACGUUGGUGGACAUGAGGGUAACGUAACCGAAUUGAAAGACGAUGAUCUUGGUGCAAAUGGGGAAUGGGCUGGAGCUACAGGCCGAGACCCCAUCCAUGGUGCUGAUGCUGUUGUGGACAACAUGAUUCUUUAUUUCAAGGAGUGAAAUGUUUUGAGACGUGAACUACUAGUAGUUGGUUGUCAUCACUGUGGCUUCAGAAAAGGAUGUGAAGUGUGCACUGCCUGUCUAAUUAUUGUUCAUUAAUCUUGCUGGUACUGUUGCACGCACCGAGCACAAGUAUGGUGGAACAUCUGUCUGUGUCAUCUUGAUUGGUGAUUGAAGGGAAAAAGUGUUAAUUAGUUGACUUCAUCGCACAAGAUGCCUUGGUAUGGGUUUUUACCGGAGCUGUUUCCGUUUUCCCCAUACUGUCGUGCGAAUGCAGAGGCAACUGACAUAAUAUCAUAAUGG